GGGAGUCGCCACCUGGGUUUUUCUGUUCGGCGGUGACGAAUGCAGCCAGGGCACGGACUGUUGGGAAGCGCGCGGCGGCCUCUUCUUUACCCUGGGGCCUUCAACUCCUGCGUUCUUCCCGUAGACCUGGGAGCGGGGAGAAACAAAACAUUGCUGUGCAGAGCCAGCUUCAUCUCACUCACUAAUUCAGCAUGGCGGAGAAGUCAGAAAACUGUAGGGUUCCAGCGGAUCUGUUCAAUGGUUUGAAAGUUUCAGAUCCCCAGGAAGCAGAGUGUGCAAGUCCUCCGGUUUCUUAUCCCAAAGACCACCAGCCCCAGGGCAAGCUGCUCAGGGAGGCUGAGGCCCAGCCCCAGGAGGACCAGGGAGAAGAGGAGCACUUCCAUGACUGCAGCACCUCAUUUGAGGAGGAACCAGGUGUGGACAAGGUUGAGAGCAAACCUGAUGAUGUGAAUUCCUCGGAGCUUGAUGAAGAAUACCUAAUAGAACUGGAAAAAAAUAUGCCAGAGGAAGAGAAACAGAAAAGAAGAGAAGAGAGCACUAGACUGAAGGAGGAAGGAAAUGAGCAGUUUAAGAAAGGAGAUUACGUAGAAGCGGAAAGUUCUUACAGUCAAGCCCUUCAGAUGUGUCCAUCCUGCUUCCAGAAAGACAGGUCUGUUCUGUUUUCAAAUAGAGCUGCUGCAAGGAUGAAACAGGACAAGAAAGAGAUGGCCAUCAGUGACUGCAGCAAAGCCAUUCAGUUAAACCCCAGCUACAUCAGGGCCCUGCUGAGGAGAGCAGAGUUGUAUGAGAACACUGACAAGCUAGAUGAAGCCCUGGAGGACUAUAAAUCCAUACUAGAAAAAGACCCGUCAGUACACCAAGCAAGAGAAGCUUGUAUGAGAUUACCUAAGCAAAUUGAAGAACGAAAUGAAAGACUAAAGGAAGAAAUGUUAGGAAAACUAAAAGACCUUGGGAACUUGGUUCUCCGACCUUUUGGACUCUCCACAGAAAAUUUCCAGAUCAAACAGGAUUCUUCUACUGGCUCCUACUCCAUCAAUUUUGUUCAAAAUCCAAAUAAUAACAGAUAACAAAGAUAACAGUAGCUUUCAAAGCUGGCUAGUAAAUUGUGUGCGGCUUGCUGUUAGCAAGAGGAAAGGCUCUGCCAGUGUUUAACUUCUAAAAGCAUCUUAUCUCAAACAUAGGCACCCCCGUCCGGCCCAGCGCCCCCUUCCCGCCCGUUUCAUGAUCAGGGAGAAGUGCAUUUCCUGACGUGAUGAGCCUGAUUCACUUCCCACUGUAAGGCGGUGUCUCUGCAGCUGUCGCCCUCGGCCCUGCUGGCCUUUGUUUUGUCCAAGAGGCAGCCUGUCAGGGCUGACCUCCCUGAGCCAAACGGCCACAGAAGCCCAGGCACGGCCUCUCGGGGCCCGAGCAGACCUGCUGGUCGGAGACCGCCCGGCCGGGGCUGGGGGCCCCGCCUGCCGUCCCUGCUCCCUGGUCGCGCACACUGCCGGCUGCUGUGCGCGGGCUCCUGACCGACCCUGUGGUAAUAAACGCUUCCUGUCAUGGUCUGAGCUGGGUUGUGAGUUUUGUCCCCGCGAGCGCAGCGGAAGCAGGCUCCUCUGGCUGUGGGAGCAGCGCUGCUUCCCGGCAGUGCUCCUGAGGGGGCCGGGAGCCCCAAACCCGCCCAAAGUCUUUGUCGCCGCCUGGAAGGUGACCUCGAAGAGAUGACUGUUCUGCCGUGCACUAGAAUUCAGAAUCCACCUCAGCAGCUCUGGGCCUCGCCAGGUUUGCACAGAGAGAUACUCGUGAAAUCACUUUUUUUCUGACCGAGCAUCUAUUGUAA